ACUAUGUCUACUAGUGUCUUGUUUGUCUGUCUUGGUAAUAUCUGUCGUUCACCUAUGGCCGAGGCAGUUUUUGCCCAUACUGUCAAACAACAUAACCUUGAGGACAAGUUUAGCAAGAUAGACUCAGCAGGUACUGCUUCUUAUCAUGUUGGUAGUUCUCCAGAUAGUCGUAGCGUUUCUACCUGUAAAUCCCAUGGUGUACCUGUAAAACACAAAGCAAGAAAGGUGACAAAGAAAGACUUUGAAGAAUUUGAUUAUGUUCUCUGUAUGGAUGAAUCCAAUUUGAGUGAUUUGAAGCGUAUUCAACCAAGUGGAUCCAAGGCAGUACUCAAAUUGUUUGGUGAAUAUGAUCCUCAGGGUGAGCUGAUCAUUGAAGACCCUUAUUAUGGUGGAAAUGAUGGUUUUGAACACAAUUUUAGACAAGUAACCAGAGCAAGCGAAGGGCUUUUAAAGUCACUUGAAUUAAUCUGAUAAUAAUAAUAAUAAAACAUUGAUCUACAAGUUCCU